AUGAGUCGGAACGAGCAUUCGCUGCAGGCUCUGUCCUGGAGAAAGCUUUACCUGAGCAGAGCCAAACUCAAGGCGUCCAGUCGCACGUCUGCUCUUUUAUCCGGUUUCGCAAUGCUGGAGCGCCUACUAGCGGCAGUGUGUGGCAGAGCAGCGCCAGCGCAGACGGGUACAAUGUCACUAGAGAGAUGUCAAAGUGAAUGGACAGAAAUAGAGCAAGAAUAUCAGCAAUUACAGGAAACGCACAAAGUCUACAGACUGAAGCUGGAGGAGCUGACAAACCUGCAGGCGAUAUGCAGCAGUGCCAUUAGCAAACAAAGAAAAGCCCUGAAAGACCUCAAGCAUAGUCUUCAUAAGUGUACGAAAACUCGCAGUGAAAAAGAAACGGAGGUGAUAAAUGACCUGCAGGUCCAAAUUAAAGAAAGGCAAAAUGUCUUUUUUGACAUGGAGGCCUAUUUGCCAAAGAAAAAUGGAUUGUACUUAAAUUUAGUACUAGGAAAUGUGAAUGUCACACUCCUCAGCAACCAAGCCAAGUUUGCGUACAAAGACGAAUAUGAGAAGUUCAAACUUUAUAUGACUAUAAUACUAAUGUUUGGUGCCGUCACCUGCCUCUUCCUUUUCAACUACCGGGUUACAGAUGAAAUCUUCAACUUUUUAUUGGUGUGGUAUUAUUGCACAUUGACAAUAAGAGAGAGUAUCCUCAUGAGCAAUGGGUCACGAAUUAAAGGUUGGUGGGUGUCACAUCACUACGUCUCAACCUUUUUAUCAGGUGUUAUGUUGACAUGGCCAGAAGGUUCAAUGUAUCAGAUGUUCAGAAGUCAGUUCCUGGCUUUCUCCAUCUAUCAGAGUUGUGUGCAGUUUCUUCAGUAUUAUUAUCAGAGCGGCUGCUUGUAUCGGUUACGGGCUCUGGGGGAAAGAAACCAGCUGGACCUGACUGUGGAGGGCUUUCAGUCGUGGAUGUGGAGAGGGCUUACAUUCCUCCUUCCGUUUCUAUUCUUUGGCCAUUUUUGGCAGCUGUACAAUGCUGCGAGUCUUUUUAAGCUGUCUGCCCGUGAUGACUGCAAAGAAUGGCAGGUGUUCAUGUUGGCCUUGACGUUUCUCGUCCUGUUCUUGGGAAAUUUCCUCACAACUCUAAAAGUGGUCCACCAGAAGCUCCAGACGAACAAAGAAAAGGUUAAAAAUAACUGACAAGACGCCAACUGGAAGAUUUCAUACGCAGCGAGGCCAGUGUGGAAGUCACAGAACUGAACUUCAAAGCGCACAAAACUGUUUCGUCUAUAGGAGUCGCGUCCCACAAGCUGUUUGGAGAGGGUUGGAAGUAGAUGUUGACGUCUCCGCGAACUCGUUUCUGCAGCGGCAGUGAAACUCAAUGUUGUCUGCCAUGUUGUUUUUGCUCAUAUUUAUGCAGUCACAGCAAUUAGAGGGUAAUGUUUGGCUAUAAACUACUGACAACUUUCAGACACUGUAUACUCAAUAAGUGAGGAGACUUCAGUUCACUUUUGUUUUGUUCCUGUGCAUGAAUAUGUUUACAAUAAGCCACAUUUAAAGUUUAUGCAAUGCAGCAGGAAGGCUACAGAACUGCAGUUGCUCAGUUCAUUGCAGCAUCUCAAAGGGAUUUAUGUUAUUGUUUUUUUUUAAAGCUGGAUAGUGAUUGAAGUACUUGUUCUCAUACAAGGCAUUUUAGCUGAAGCAUAUUCUUUUGUUGGAAAGCAUUGAUGCAAUGCAACUUCAAGGGAAAGGUGUGUUUUGCACGUUGCGGUUGUUAGUACAGUGCUUGAGCAAGGCCAAAGAAUUAAAGAAAUCGUUCAACCAAAAAUGAAAAUUUGAUUAGAAUUUACUCAUCCUCAGGCCAUCCAAGAUGUAGAUG